UAAGUGAGACGUGAGCAGCGCGCGCUCUCUCCCUCUCUCUGAGCACUUUGGCUCGCGGAUAUGCCUCCGUUUCUGUGGAAAUGUUUUCAUGAGGAUUUUAAACCAACAAGCCGCCAUGCCGGAGAAAAUAAACAUCUCAGACUUCGUCUUGUUGGCGAACGAGGACAUAACGUCGCCUUCCACGUCGUGUUUUCAGGCUAAAAUUAGCGACUGUCGGAGCACAGUGACGGGAAUGGAAGAGGCUCUGGAGCAGGACCAGAGCUGUCUCCAGCGGAUGAAGAAGUUGGUGAAGGGCAUCCACACGUCUGGGCUGAGUCAUGCAGAGUAUAACGAGCAAUACAUUGAGAUUUUGGAGAACCUGGGAAACAGUCAUCUAUCUCAGGAGAAUAAUGAGAUCUCCACAGGGUUCCUUAACCUGGCAGUGUUCACACGGGAGGUCACAACGCUCCUCAAAACUCUGGUGCAGAAUCUAAACAGCAUCCUCUCCUUUCCUCUGGAGAACAUCCUGAAGAGUGAACUGAGAGACAGCAGACUGGACCUGAGGAAGCAGAUGGAGAGAGGCUGGAAGGAUUACGACAUUAAAAUGGGGAAGUUGGAGAGGGAGAGGCAGAAGCAGUAUGGUCUGAUACGGCUGGACUCGGACAUAGUGGAGGACAUGGAGAGAGAGAGGAGGACUUUCCAGCUGCAGAUGUGUGAGUAUUUGCUGAAGGUUCAGGAGAUGAAGAAACGGCAGGGUCCUGAUCUGCUCCAGGGCCUUAUCAAGUAUUUCCAAGCCCAGCUCAAUUUUUUUCAGGAUGGACUGAAAGCAGCGGAAAAUCUCAGUCCAUUUGUGGAAAAGCUAGCAGCAUCUGUGCACACGGUUCGUCAAGACGAAGACGAACAAGUGAAGCAGCUCUCUCAGCUCCGGGACUGUCUCAGGAGUCAGCUACAAGUGGAGGUUAAAGAGGAUUAUCUAAACAGGAAGAACUCCGGUCACGGCUACAGCAUCCACCAGCCACAAGGCAACAAGAAAUACGGCACAGAGAAAUCAGGCUUCCUGCUGAAGAAGAGUGACGGAAUCAGGAAGGUGUGGCAGAAGAGGAAAUGUGGAGUCAAAUAUGGCUGUCUGACCAUCUCUCACAGCACGAUUAACAGACCUCCAGCCAAACUCAACCUCCUCACGUGUCAGGUUCGGCCCAACCCUGAGGAGAAGAGGACCUUUGACCUCGUGACUCAUAAUCGCACGUAUCAUUUCCAAGCAGAGGAUGAGCAAGAAUGUAUGAUCUGGGUGUCUGUACUACAGAACAGUAAAGAGGCGGCUCUGAACACGGCUCUGGGAGGAGAUCAGCUUCAGUACCCGGGCAGCGGGCUACAGGAUCUGGCGCGUUCUGUAAUUUCAGGCCUGAGAAAUCUGCCAGGCAACGAUUCCUGCUGUGACUGUGGCGCUCCGGAACCCACAUGGCUCUCCUCUAACCUGGGCAUCCUCACCUGUAUCGAAUGCUCAGGAAUCCACCGGAAGCUCGGCGUUCACUACUCACGCAUACAGUCGCUCACGCUCGACAUGCUGAGUACAUCUGAGUUACUGCUCGCAGUGAGCAUCGGUAACAACAAGUUUAACGACGUCAUGGAGGCCAACCUUCGCGAUGACUCACUGAAACCCUUACCGCAGAGCGACAUGAACGCGAGAAAGGAGUACAUCACAGCGAAGUACGUAGAGAGGCGCUACGUGUUGCCUAAAGAGCACUCGGAGCCCCUGCGAGUGUACGACGCCGUGAAGACCAGAGACCUGACGUCCCUCCUGCAGCUGUACGCCGAAGGAGAAGACCUGUCCAAACCUACAUCUGUACCUGAUCAAGAGGAUUUGAAAGAGACUGCUCUUCAUGUGGCUGUGCGUUUGGCUGAGAAGAGCUCUCUGGCCCUGGUCGAUUUUCUUACUCAGAACUGUGGCUGUCUGGAGAAGAGGACAGUGGAAGGAAACACAGCUCUUCAUUACUGUGCGAUCUUCAAUAAACCAGAAUGUCUGAAACUGCUUCUUAAAGGGAAGGCUACUUUACACACAGUAAACACUGCUGGAGAGACUGCACUGGACAUCGCCAAGAGACUGCAGCACACACUGUGUGUCGAACUGCUGGAGCUGGCUCACAGUGGGAAAUUUAACUCCCAGAUCCAUGUGGAGUACACGUGGGAGAUGCCUCAGGAGUUCCUAUACGACAGUGAAGACGAUCUGGAUGACAAGGCCAGUCCACCCCGAGCUCUGCGCUCACCUCUGCGCUCACCUCUGCCAUCUAAUGGCUGCUUUGGGAAUUUUCCAUCCGACCCUGACAGACCUUACCAGAAUGUAGACUUUGUUUGCUGCAACCAAGCGAGCAGCAGCCCCUCCUCAGGAGGCCACACACCUCCUCCACUUCCUGCUAAAUCAAUUCAGAGAGGUCGUUCUGACCCCCAAAUCAGCACCUCCACCAAGGAGUCUCACGCUGUUUCCCGACUCAGCUCCAGUUCCUGGAGUGGUUCCUAUAGAAACAGCCCGCCUUCACCCCUGACAGAGGUGGCAGGAUCACGGGCUCCUCGCUCGCCUCGCAACGGAGUGCUAAAGAGACAGACGGGGGUCUGGGAGGGUCAGAAUUCAUCAGGGACACAGAGCUCCAUUGGACCUGUUGUGUCAGAGAAGACAACAUCGUAUCGGCGAACUAAUAGUGGAAGUGGAAAGUGUGCAGCAGGAUCUCCCAGCUCUGGAAGCAGCAUGGAGGAGCUCUAUUGCAGUCUAACCAAUAACAGCACUGCUAACACUAAUGCUGAUGCGACCGUUAAUCUGUCAGUGCCCAUCAUACUGCCACCACCCCGGUCACGGAAGAACGCCAUGCUGAGUUACUCGAGGCCUCGUCAGAGGAAGGUUUGUGCGUUAGUGGACUGUAUGAGUGUGGGCUCUGAGCAGUUGGCCUUCUGUAAAAAUGAUAUUAUUAUAGUGACGGCUUCUGAUGAUCCCCACUGGUGGGUCGGUCAUAUAGAGGGCAAGCCGUCCAAAAGCGGCUCCUUUCCAGUCAACUACGUCAUGAAACUGGGAGAAUGAUUCUUUUCCGCAAGCUUCCGCCCACGAGAGACGAGCGAGCACACACUGCUUCCACCUGCUCGACUGUGUCGAAGUCAGAACAGCGUGUGCUGCAGUAAAGUGGGUUUAGGGGAGAUUUAUAUCCUGACGUUGUUCCUCAGACUGUUUAGCACAUCAGCCGGAGCACUUUAGUGACGAUAAAUUGCUGUAGCCGGAGACUAAACACGUACGGUAUACAAACUCAUAAAUGUAACAGGAAGCCGUUGGUCUAGAAGGACGGCAGAUGACCAUCUCAACUAUAAAGGGAAAAUAAAUACAGUGGAUUUUCUGACCGUUCAUUCCCAAGUCCACAGGUUUAAUGGAUAUUUUCUGUUGAGACACUGAUGAGUGGCAUCCAAUCAAACACAAUCAACAAUGAGUGACUUUCAGUUUAGUGAGUGAUGCAGAGAAAAGGAAAGACCCAUGCUUGUGUUUCCUGUCUUUCUUCCUGAAUCGGCAUCCUCUCACUUCUCCAAUCUGAUUUGUUUUUAGAACUCACACCUCUUCUGCAGUCGACAUGAAUUCAAGUGUUCAACGUGUUUACAAGAAGAUUUCACAUGUGUUUUCUACAUCGCUAAUCAUGACACAUUACUCAUAACGGCUCAAGCUUCAUCUACAUUGUAAUUGAUCAAAACUGGUUCUUUUAUUCAUUUCUUACCAUCAUGUGAGGAAAAGCUUUUAUUGUCGUUUUUAUUGUUCUCUUGCCUUUACAUUGCGCAGAUAAAACGUUGUAGAUUCAUGCUAGCUCGUUAAAUCAGCACCCUAAGUCGUUACCUAGCUAACUUUAUUAUCUAUGGUGAUAUUUUGAUGUCAGUUUAACAGUGAACAUAUCACAAAAAUCACAAGGUCACUAUCAGUUCCAGGAUCUUCUCCACACACAGAUUUAGCGUUUUAGAAAAGCACGAUGCGUACAAACACGGUUGUUUGCUAACGUUUACAGUAAUUCUGAGCUCAUUCAUUUAAAAGAUGCACUUAGAGGAGAGAGCAGUCUGUAAAUAGUUAUAAAUGUUGAGUUUCUUCACGGUUCAUCAUUGUAAUGUAAUUUAUUUUUAAAAAGCAGGGGAAAAAGUAAGAAAACUCACAAGGCAUGAUCAUUUUAGAGCACUUCCACACCUGUUUUGUUUAUUGAAUCAGAGCCAAAUUGGUACGUUUGGGUCAUUUUACUAUUUGUUUUGGUUUGGUUUGGUUUUACAUUGCACAUAAUUACACAGAACAAAUCAAAACUGAAACUACGUGUGUUCUAAUUCACAGUAACAGGAAGAUUUAAAGGAGAAAUGUUUCAUCAGCUUAGCGCAGACAACAUGAAGUCGGUGCUAAAUAAAUUAUUAUAUAAUUCUAUAAAGAUGUUUAAAUAUUUUGUCAAAUCCAGUGUUUUUUAUUUUUUAUUUUUUUGUUCUUUUUUGUUCCUUAUUGUAAAUAACUAGAACUCUGAGCAUUUCUGUAGCUCUACAGCUCUGUCCUUUGGCUCGGUUUACGCCUCAAUAUUAUCAUUCACGCUUGAUUUCUGUUUGUUCUGCUUCACAAAUAACUAAAUAACCACAGUAGAAGCUGCUCUGUUCCAGAGCUCUGUUUAAACAGUGCAGGUUGAUGUUCUCCAUCACACUAAGAGCUCUGUCUUUGGGAAGUGGGACAGACUGAGGACCACACAAGGGAGGAUCAGAUUCCUGUAACAAAGCGAGUGUGAAGUCUAAGAGCAGAGGCAGAUAUUGAUAUUUCUCAGAGUGAGUGUGGGGAAAUCAUUCGAUUUCUGUGUUUGGUUGUAAAUCCUGGACAUGGAUGGAUUUAUAUUUGCUACGAAAGAGCAGUAUUUUCCACAUUAGUGAGUAAUCAAGGUGUUGGAUGUUUAAAGACUGUGUAGUUCACUGUAUUAUGUUUAGAAGUUGAAUCUGUAUUUGCAGUAUUUUUGUGUGUGUGUGUGUGUGUGUGUGUGUGUGUGUGUGUGUGUGUGUGUGUGUGUGUGUGUGUGUGUGUGUGUGUGUGUGUGUGUGUGUGUGUGUGUGUGUGUGUUUUAUAGACCCA